UGGGGGAAUCGAAACGUGUCGUCGACGAACGUCGGAGGAGGACACGGUGCGGAUGAACGUCCGAAGUGGAUGCACUUGUCACCUGCGUCGCGACGCGGAUCUGGGAUUCCUCGAGGACGGCAGCGAACGGAGGAUUCGUGUGAGGGAGGUGCGGACGUGCAACACGACGGCAGGCAGCUGUGGGCAGAGUGCAGGCAGGCCCUGAAUCAAGGUGGAACGAAGACAAUCACGAGAGGGGUGCAACGGCUCUACGUGGAUGAAGGCGACGAAGCGGCUUUCGAGGAGGCCCUGAGUUGUGACGACGUUGACGGCGACGACGAUUGCAACUCUUACGAUUUAUCAGACAUCAAGCCGCUUGGGAGGAAGGUGGCGAACGGAGGCACGAGUGCAAAGAGGGGUCCCGCUCCGAAAAACCGACGGAAUAAGAAAAUGGAUGAUGACACCGGCCGGAGCGAUGGCGAGGGCAGCCGGAACUUCUGGUUGGUGGGAGACACGAUUGCACUCGUCAGGGCAAAAAGGGAUCAAAAUCUGUAUAUCGUCGGCAUGGGCCCCAGUUUCGCUCGCAUGAAAACGAGGGAGUGGAAGUGGGAGGACGUGCGGGCGAGGUUGCAGACGAUGGGCAUCACGAGGGAGGGCGUCGACUGCAGGAAGAAAUGGGACAACUUGAUGCAGCAAUUCAAGAAGGUCCACAAGUUCCAGAACCUCUCCGACGGGAAGGACUACUUCAAGCUUGCUUCAAAGGCCAGGCGAUCGGAGGGCUUCAACUUCGUCAUGGACCGGAGCGUGUACGACGAGAUGGAGGCCAUGACGAAGGGGGAUCAUACGAUCUACCUGAAGAAUUUGGCGGACACGGGGGCAGCCGAGGGGGUUCAGAUGCCGGCAGGCGAUGGGGUUGGAGGGGAGACCAUGGCCAGUGAGGGUGGAGGCGAGGCAGCCGACGAGGAGCAGGGGUCGACGAAAGACUCCACACUCAACACGGGGAGCGACGGCGGUUAUGGGAAGAGGAAGAACAUGUGGCAACAAACUUUUGAGGUCGUCGCCGACGUCAUGGACAAGCAUGGUGCGCUCAUGGCGAGCACAAUGGACAGCGCGAGCAAGUGGCAAUGCUCAAUGAUGUUACGUCAGUGCGAAAUCCUGGAGAGCGAAGUGGAAGUACAGAGGAAACAUUAUGCUGCGGCGGAUGAGGCGAACAGAUUGAUGUGCAACGCCAUGAUGAAGAUAGCGAAAGCCAUCCACGAGAGAUCAUGCGGCGGCGGUUAUGGGAAGAGGAAGAACAUGUGGCCACAAACUUUUGAGGUCGUCGCCGACGUCAUGGACAAGCAUGGUGCGCUCAUGGCGAGCACAAUGGAUAGCGCGAGCAAGCGGCAAUGCUCAAUGAUGUUACGUCAGUGCGAAAUCCUGGAGAGUGAAGUGGAAGUACAGAGGAAACAUUAUGCUGCGGCGGAUGAGGCGAACAGAUUGAUGUGCAACGCCCUUAUGAAGAUAGCGAAAGCCAUCCGCGAGAGAUCAUGACUUAUGCUGACUGUGAUGUUCGUUGUUGCUUUGGUGGCAUGUCUCUCCACGCG